AGGAAGCCGAGCAGCGGCCGCCUGCCUGCCUGCCUGCCUGCCGAGGUUGGUAGCUCGGGCGGGCGCAGGUGUGCCGACACGCCGCUGAGACUCUUCUCUCCAGGCGUCUUGGCAGGCACGCUCCUCGCAGCAACAUCUGGAAGAGGCGGAGGGGGGAGAAACCCAACCCAAAGCCAAAACAGCACAACACCCCCCCCUCCCUUAAAAAAACCAACCCUCCAGGUAGAGGAGAAAUAUGACGGCCUUGCAGCUGAAAGAGUUGUCACAUUCAGGUCUGUACAGAAGGAGACGGGAUCGCCCCGAUAGCGUGGGACUGCCCGGGUCACAUGAAGAGAAGCUGAGCAACAUGGCGAAUGCGCUUGCAAAUGCCAUCUGCGAGCGCUGCAGGGGUGGCUUUGCCCCUGCUGAGAAAAUUGUCAACAGCAAUGGUGAGCUGUACCAUGAGCAGUGCUUUGUCUGCGCCCAGUGCUUUCAGCAGUUUCCUGAAGGACUCUUCUAUGAGUUUGAAGGGAGAAAGUACUGCGAACAUGAUUUUCAAAUGCUUUUUGCCCCUUGCUGCCAUCAAUGUGGUGAGUUCAUUAUUGGUCGUGUUAUUAAAGCUAUGAACAAUAGCUGGCAUCCAGAGUGCUUCUGCUGUGAUAUCUGCCAACAAGUACUGGCUGAUAUUGGAUUUGUCAAGAAUGCUGGCAGACAUCUCUGCCGUCCUUGCCAUAACAGGGAAAAAGCCAGAGGCCUGGGAAAGUACAUUUGCCAGAAGUGUCAUGCCAUUAUUGAUGAACAGCCUCUCAUAUUCAAAAAUGAUCCUUAUCACCCUGAUCAUUUCAACUGUGCAAACUGCGGGAAGGAACUUACUGCUGAUGCUCGCGAGUUGAAGGGAGAAUUAUACUGCUUACCCUGCCAUGACAAAAUGGGUGUCCCCAUCUGUGGGGCAUGUAGAAGACCAAUUGAAGGCCGUGUGGUGAAUGCUAUGGGCAAACAAUGGCAUGUGGAGCAUUUUGUUUGUGCAAAAUGUGAAAAGCCAUUCCUGGGUCAUCGCCAUUAUGAAAGAAAAGGCUUGGCGUAUUGUGAAACCCACUACAAUCAGCUAUUUGGUGAUGUUUGUUUCCAUUGCAAUCGUGUAAUUGAGGGAGAUGUUGUGUCUGCUCUGAAUAAGGCAUGGUGUGUGAACUGUUUUGCUUGUUCAACUUGCAACACUAAGUUAACACUCAAGAAUAAAUUUGUUGAGUUUGAUAUGAAACCUGUCUGCAAAAAGUGCUAUGAGAAGUUUCCUCUAGAGCUGAAGAAAAGACUGAAGAAACUAGCUGAAACUUUGGGAAGGAAGUAAAGACUUCAUCAGCUCUCCCCUUCCUUUGUGAAAAUCUUACGUAUAUUACUUGGGGGAGGAGGGCUGCUUUGAGGCUGCAGUCAGACAACAAAUGAUGAUGUGUGCCAUCUAUCAAAUCAAAAUAACUUAAGAUUCUCUGUUCUCCCUACACGUAUGUUUAUUUGUUGAUAAACAGACCAUAAUUCCAAACUAAAUUAAAUACCAGCUGACAAAAAGGUUUCUGACCCUGAUAAUGCAGUUGGACUGAUGCAGGUGGCCCAUUCUGCACAGUAAUCUCUGUGGAAUUUUACAGCAAGAAAAUUUGCUUGUGAAUACCUGCAAAAACAAACUGCAAAUUUGUCCAACUUUAGGGGCAUGUAUUUUCAUCUAUAUUAAUGGAAGUAUUAACCUUCAUAUUAAGCAUGCAGACAAAACUUGCCCAAGUCAAGUGACUUGGGCAAGAAAACAUACUUUGCCUUGUGGAAAAAUUCAUGCUUGGAUUUCAGGCCAAGUCAUUUCAUUAAGGAGCCUUGUCUUAGAUGGUUUGAAAAGUAUCAGAUUUCUUAAUACAGUCACAGUACAAAUGACCUACUUCUGAUAGAUUAUGCUUACAUUAUGAAUCUUUGUACAUCAGGCUUAGCAUGAAAUACUUAUAUAUGUAUUCCUAUUGCAAGAAAUGAGCAUAAUCAGAACUACUUGAAAUUUGCUAUAUUCCACUCAAGAUAACACAUUAACUUUUAUAUAUGCUUUUGCAUUCUAUUUACUUUUUGUGCCUUAUUCUGCUGGACCAUACAUAACAGUGUUCCAUUAUAUAUAUAUAUAUUUUUUUAUUUUUUAUUUCAUAUUUUUAUGCAGAAACUAUAUAUAAGGUAUUUUCAAAGGAUAACAUACUUUGCCUUAAUUAGACAGGAUGCAAGAAGUACUUUAUUUCAGAUGUGCACACCUGAACAUAAUAUUUAGCUUCUAGACUUCAUUAAUUUUGAGAACAAUACUGAAAAUAUGUAUUUCAAUUAACUGGCAAUAUUACUUUUACACCUAUGAGUGUAAAUAUACAGGGUUUGAUCCUGCUAGGAUCUACUUCUUUAGCCAUCCUCAAGAACUGAUGAGCUCACAAAUCAUCAGAAUUCCUUAGAACAUACAUUUAAUGUUUUAUAGUAUUGACUUCUGUCCAUACAAAUCUGUUUCAUUUCUCCCUUUGUCAUAGAAAAUACAGUUACUUAGGACUUCUUGACGGUACUACAUUAUGAAGUUUGCAGACACUUUUUUUAAUUUUUUUUUUAUAUUAGUGACUUAAACAGAUUUUCUGUAAUUAGAUCAUAGGAAGUAAAAUUUUAUUUCCUGUUUAUGAAAAAUUAGUUGCUUUAAAAUGUCUGCUUUCCAGUGGCAUCAAUAAAGGCUAUGUUAUUACACCUUG